AUGCCAAAAAAGUUAAGUAGAAGAAUAGUGUUUUCCGUUUGUGGGCAGUUGGUAGGUCAUUUACCAGUAAGUGGUUGGUUACGUGCAGUUUAUUGUCUUUUGAAUAGAAGAGUGGUUAGUUUGACGAAAGGUUGGGACGAUGAGUGUGGCUUUGACUUGGAAAUGAAAGAAAGUGUUCAAUCUUUUUCGAAAAGUUUAUUUUCACGUGAAUUACUUCUACGUGAAAUUCAACAUUAUUUUUUAAAAAAUGCGAACAAGUCAACAUUAGUGUUAUAUGGAAUGUCGGGUGUCGGAAAGACACAUAUUGCCAGAAAUUUUUGUAAAACUUAUUAUAGCUUCUAUAAAAACAUUGUUUGGAUAAACUCAGCAUUUGGAAUGUUACAAACUUCAAUGAGAAACCAAUGUCAAAUAUUAGGAUUCAAAGUUUACGAUUCUAAAGGUGAAUAUUUAAAUAUAGAAGUGAUUGUUGAAAAAAUUCACAGCUAUUAUAAGAAUGAAAAGACUUUGUAUGUUUUUGAUAAUGUCGAUGAUGAAAGUGUUAAAAACUUAUCAAUGUACAUUUCAAGAAAACCGAAUUCAUUUACUUUGAUUACAUCGCAAUGGAAAACGUGGUCGAAUAAUGUAAAUAAAAUGCUAGUUGAUGUUUUUUCCUUUGAAGAAGCAUUCGCUUAUGUAAAAAACAGUAUUAAAGAAAUCAACAAUGGAAACAUAAGAAAUUUAAUAAAAGAACUUGGUUAUCAUCCGUUUGCUGUAACUCAGGCAAUAAAAUAUAUAAAUAUACAUAAAAUUUCGAUAGAAAACUACGUAAAUCGGUAUAGAUCAAAACCAUUGGUAAUAUUAGACAAUAAUAACCUACCAACCGAAGAAGAAUCAAAGUCUGCAAUAAAAGCAAUUAACUUAACCUUUAAAAUUGCUUUACUUUGA